CAUUAAGCGGAGCAGACCAAAAUCCCAAACAAGGAAAUGGUGGGGGAAUAAAACGACCAGAUUAUUUAAUUAAUGCAUGUAAUAAUUAAUAUUUUAUUUUAUUGUAAAUUAAGACGCAUUUAUGGGUUAGAAUGGAUUACGACUUCAAAACCAAGCUGGCGGCCGAGCGGGAGCGAGUAGAAGAUCUGUUCGAAUAUGAAGGUUGCAAAGUGGGUCGAGGUACCUACGGGCACGUUUAUAAAGCUAAGCGCAAAGACGGGGUGGAUGAGAAAGAGUAUGCACUGAAACAGAUUGAAGGCACUGGAAUAUCGAUGUCGGCCUGCAGAGAAAUCGCCCUGUUAAGAGAGUUGAAACAUCCAAACGUGAUCGCCCUGCAAAAGGUGUUCCUGUCUCACAGUGACCGAAAGGUCUGGCUCCUCUUCGACUAUGCUGAACAUGACCUCUGGCAUAUCAUCAAGUUCCAUCGCGCCUCCAAAGCCAACAAGAAACCCAUGCAGCUGCCGCGAGGAAUGGUCAAGUCCCUCCUCUACCAGAUUCUGGACGGGAUCCAUUACCUCCAUGCCAACUGGGUUCUGCACAGGGAUCUGAAGCCGGCCAACAUCUUGGUGAUGGGCGAAGGACCAGAGAGAGGAAGAGUUAAAAUAGCCGACAUGGGUUUCGCCAGGCUUUUCAACUCUCCAUUAAAGCCGCUGGCGGACCUUGACCCGGUGGUGGUGACCUUCUGGUACAGAGCUCCUGAGCUGCUGCUGGGGGCGCGACAUUACACGAAAGCUAUCGAUAUUUGGGCCAUUGGCUGCAUUUUUGCAGAGCUGCUAACAUCGGAGCCCAUCUUUCACUGCCGCCAAGAAGACAUCAAGACCAGUAACCCCUUCCACCACGACCAGCUGGACCGGAUAUUCAGCGUCAUGGGAUUCCCCGCAGAUAAGGACUGGGAAGACAUUCGGAAGAUGCCAGAGUAUCCCACGCUGCAGAAAGACUUCAGGAGGACAACGUAUGCAAACAGCAGCUUAAUAAAGUACAUGGAGAAGCACAAAGUCAAACCAGACAGCAAAGUUUUUCUGCUGCUCCAGAAGCUCCUCACCAUGGACCCCACCAAGAGAAUCACAUCAGAGCAAGCGCUGCAGGACCCCUACUUUCUUGAGGACCCGCUGCCUACCACCGAUGUGUUUGCCGGAUGCCAGAUCCCCUACCCAAAACGGGAGUUUCUCAAUGAAGAUGAGCCUGAGGAAAAGACAGAAAAGAACCAAACACAACAGCACCAGCAGACAACGGGGCAGACUCAGGCCCAGAACCAGCAGCAGAACACGGGCCAACAGGGCCAAUCCCAGCAGAGUUCGGCGCAGACCAACGGCACCGGAGCCUCAGGGGCCAACACGGGAGGCGGGCUGCAGCACGGCCAAGACCAGGGGCCGCCCAACAAGAAACCUCGGAUCGGGCCUUCCGGCACCUCCUCGGGCACUGGGGUUCUUCAGUCCGAGUACCAGCACUCCAGCUCCCGCCUUGGUUACCAAAGCAACGUCCAAGGUUCCACUCAACCCCAGAGCACCAUGGGAUACACGUCGUCCUCCCAACAGAGCUCCCAGUAUUCCCACCAGGGUCACCGCUACUGAGGCAGGAACCAGCAGAGGAGUCUCUUCAUCGCUCGUCAUUCCAGCUCUUCGUUUUCGCCUCAUCCACGUUCAUGAACAAACAUAGGAACCAAAAAACUUGCCUCCUCAGGCUGGUGACGAACUUUAAUGUAAGAUAAAUGCGGACAAGCUCCGGCACUUAGGCAGGAAUCAUUGCAGCUCUCUAUAUAUGAACACACAUAUUUAUAUAUAUAUAUAAAUAUAUAUAGCACCUUUUUUUCUAUUCCACUCUAGUUUUCACCUGGAUAGUUGAUGUCACUGUAAAUAUGACACAUAGACGCGACCGUAUGAGGAGGAACAGCCCUUUAUCAUUUCCUUGGAGAAGAAACUCUCACCGUCAGUCUCACAAUCCAAGUUACAGAAUCAGCACUUCCGCUGAGGAAACUGCAGGGAAACAUUGAAUCUUCUUGUCGUACAGUUUCUAUAUCCAGUUUAUCUGAGACUUUGCAUUUGGAAGGCAGAAAUGAGAAUUGACUUUUUACCAAUCUGUUCCUCCGACAGUUUGUCAGGAGUCGGCAGCUCUGACGUUUCCUUGUGAAGGAGUCGCCGGCGGAUGCUUCUCGUGAUGACUGAGAGGUUUCUGAACGCAAACGUGCGCAUUAACGUACAUGGCAGCUAACGGUGGCGCUGCCUGAUGUCAGAUUGCAUUGUUUGGGGUUUUUUCUUUUCUAUACACACGUGUGUGCAUGUGUAUGUUUUCAAGCAUGUCACUAGAACUGCACUGAUGGCUCCACGAACAGGAACCCAGCGGGUGCAGGGGACUCUGACACUGCCUGCGCUCCACUCCUUCCAGCUUUCAGACGGUAAACCUGAUUCAUUGUUGUUGUUUUUUUGAGUUUCAUGCAUCAUUUAAUAAUCUGUGAGUAUAAUAAUCAUUUUUCUGAGAUGCAUGCCAUCGUAGUUAUCACACACACAGGUCGAGAUGAUAUUGGUUUCACCACACAUUAUUCAAGUGGGGUGUUGCGAUUGUGACGCAUCAUUACAUAGUAAUAACAGUAAUGUGCUGUUACAGUGUGUGUGUUAUUAGAUCAAUUCAUGGUUUUAUUUCCUCACAGAUGGAACAGAAAGACUGUUCACUAACAUUAUGACCACCUGCUUAAUGUUGUGUUACAUCGUUGCUACACAAUGCUGGGCUAAUGUCGAGGCUAGCCUCGCGGCGAAAAGGUUUCUUCCACAUGCCAAACUACUGGUGUAGGUCUACUUGGUGCAAUUGUUUCCUCCCACAGUCACUUACAGUCAUAGGGUAAUUGAUGACUGGAAAUUAUCCAAGUGAAUGCCUCUUGCCCCGAGUAGCUGGUAUGGGCUCAUACCUCGACCUCAUAUCAGGAAUCAGCAGUGAAAAUGCAUUGAUACAUUUCCUGCCAAAGUUCAGCUCAUGCCUGGUCUGCAGUGGUCAGUACCCAGUCCUUAUGGCAAACAUGUGUUCCUACUUUGUCUUUACUCCAAACAAGCUGCAGUUUUGGGAACCAGUGUGAGAGACUAUAGAGCAGGUGGUGAUAAUGUUUCCGAUGACUGAUGCAUUUCAAAACAUGGCUCGACCAGCCUGUAUCUCAGAAAUGACUGGUCAAAAUGAUCAUCGAACUUAGCAGAGGAACCACAGCAUCGUGAAAUAAGUUGUCAUUGAAGUCGUCUCAAUUUCGGGUCAUGUGACACCACGUUAUUUCAUUCACUUCUCAAUAUUCGAUUAAUGACUAUGGUUACUACAUGCUUUCAAUGAUGGUUUGGACAAGUGCGGCCUCUUUUGCGCUGUUUUCCAUGGUAAAUAAGCUUAAAAAUAGUUAAUGUUUUUCUAUGCAUUACAGUCACUAAUGGUUUCUUAUGCACAGGUGAAUCAAAUGAUAAUCAUUUAAAGUGUCAAAAAACGCUAAUUAUUUUUUGGGUCUGAGGUUGCUUUCUGUUCUUUUUUUAGUUUCUCAAAAAGCUAGUUUAUCGAACUUGAGAGCUUCUCUGGACCAUUGGGUUAUUCAAGUUUGGUUGCAGUGAUUUUGGAGUUCCUCAUGUAUGUUGUUGAGCUGUUUCAGCCAAGCCCUUCUCUGUGUCUUCUGUCUCUUGGUCCCCACCCUGUUGUCAUGACCAUAAAGACAAGGUCACUGGAUGACAGCUAGCGGUCAUUUCCUCUCAGAUUCCUCGAUUGGAGUCAGGUGCCCAGAAACAAAUGACAGUUUUGAGGUACAUUUAAAAACAGUAAUAAGCUCUCAAGUCUAUUUUCUGAUUCAACUGUAUUCUGAGAGUAAAACCAGCAGCUUCUCUCCAACACCAGUAUGCAGCCCAUAAUAUUAUUUCAAAAUCUGAGUAUUAACAAGGAUGCUAUGCAAGUCCAUUCCAGACUGCAGAGCUUCUGUCUGACAGAAUCCUUCUGUUGUCACCCCCUCUGUAUUUACACUUUCAGCAUUUGAAAAAUGCACUCUUCAUUGUAUAGAAAUGCAUAUACAAUCAUAUUUAUUAUCUCCCUCCAUCAGUCCUCUGCCUUAACUAUAGAAAGGGACCUCAGUCAGACACGAUCUGGAUGAUAUCUCUGCUGGUGUGCGGAAUGUCUUCACACCUCCUCCAUUUUGUCUUCUAGCACUCACAGCGUGAUUCUCUCACAUGAAUGCAAAUGAUCCACGUUUUCAUUUGUGUGGAUGGUGCCUUUUUUAAGACGUGUUAUCCGUGCGAAUGCCCUUCUUUUUGGCUCUUUGUUCCAUAACUAUGUAGCAUAUUGUUAUUACACAACGUGGAAGUUAGCAGCUAAAAUAUACUUAUAUACAUAAAUAUAUAUAUUCACAGUGUACAUGUUUGUAUAUACAGAGUCAUUUCAUUCUGUCACCACCGCAAACUAUCACCUUUCUCUCUCGCUGUGUCAGUGGAGCGGUAUUCUUUGAAAUGCUGUAGAUAAAUGACAUUUCUUCUCGAGGUAUUGACUUUUGAUGCACUGUUUUUGCUCAAAUAUUUAAUGGUGUUUUUCAUUUUUUUAUAUAUGUUUCGCUUUAGACACUAAAGUUGCAGCUACAGGACUUAUAGUUGAAGAUGUGUGUAUUGUACAGGAAGACACGCGCUGUAAUACUAGAACACGCCUGUACGAAAGUCUCUGCACCUCCAGGCCUCACAUUUCUGCUAUUUUUGAUAGUAUUGCAUGUGCCUGUCUCUUUUUUCAACAACUAUCGUUGCUCUAAACAGUUCACAGACGCUCCACCUGCAGAUCUGAAGUCUGGCCACAGAAGCUGUUUUUUUAUUGAUAAGUUUUACUACUAAUGCGGUUUUACACAGUUGAAAUUGAGCUUUUUUGAAGGAUCUGAUUCACUGUAUCAGCAGGAUUGUUUGCAGGUGGGAGCGUCUGUUGUGUGUGUGUGUGUAUGCAUGCACACAUGCAUCACUUUUUUUUGUCGAUUUUCAAUAUACACAUGGCCUAAAUGUUUCGUCCUUUCAUAGCAUUUCUAUUACAGCAUAUAAGCAGCGAUAGCUCUGGAAAAUUAAAACAUUUAUUCAGCUGCUCUGAGAAAACGUGUCCUGAUCCUUCUGUACAAAUGACUGUUAAAUGAGGGGGAAAAGUCCUGCAUAUUUAUUUUAUAUCCUCGAUUAAAAUCGCUUUUGUCUCACUUCGCAAUAACUAAAAAGGGUGUUGUUUCAGAUAUCAGCCACUUGGUGCCGCCAAAUAGCUACUAGUGUCUGACGGAGAAGAAACGUCAUCGUCAAGCGUGCCAUCGGUGAAUUCCGUCCACGCAUGCGUGAGCUGAGAACCGUCUUGAGUACGUCACUACGUUUAAGGUUUCUGCUCAACUUUUUUUUUUUUAUAUGAGUUGGACGUCCUUGUUGUUUAAUGUAAUCUUUUAUUAUCAUGGGAAUAUGUUGUUUUAAAUGUGGAAGAAAUAUACCCUUUAAUCAUCUCACGUUUGUUGUCAGCAAACUCAUUGACAAUAUUUAAUACGUAUUAAUGAGUUGCUUUUUUUGAAAAUCAUUUCAGGAUAACAUUUCUAUCAUAUAUUAUAAGUGUAUGUAAAUUAUUUAAACUUCAAUUCGG